AAAACAAAUGUGAGAUAUAUUUAGGGACUGAGGGAGUAUUAAAAAUAUAUUCUCUCCUCCAUUUUGCAUUUAAUAUAAACAAAAGAUAUUUUCUCCAUUUUCUCCUUUUUAUUAUGACGUGUCUGGUAAGCGUUUGUUUUCUCUCCGGACAAUAAUCAUCUGAAUCAUCUUUGGUUUGAGGUUUGUGGUCGGGACUCGGGAGCCAUUCUCACGUUUACUCCAGGAGCUUGUUGGAGUAGAAGCGAUGGGAAAGCCUCUUGGGAGGAAGAAAAGCGGCGGCGUUGGGGGCAAGAAACAGGGGAAAGAUUCGGGAGAGCGAACCUCAAAGGCAUUUGAUGAGGACACUGCUGUCUUCAUCAACAUGUCGCGCGAGCUCAAGGAAGAGGGGAACCGGCUGUUCCAGAGCCGGGACCACGAGGGCGCGAUGCUGAAGUACGAGAAGGCCAUCAAGCUGCUCCCGCGGGACCACAUCGACGUCGCCUACUUGCAUAGCAACAUGGCGGCUUGCUACAUGCAGAUGGGGAUCGGGGAGUUCCCGAGAGCCAUAGCCGAGUGCAAUUUGGCCCUAGAAGUUGCCCCCAAGUACAGCAAAGCUCUGUUGAAGAGAGCAAAGUGUUACGAGGCUCUCAACCGGCUCGAUUUGGCCCUUAGAGAUGUCCGACACGUCUUGAGCAUGGAACCCAAUAAUGUGACUGCAUUGGAGACUGCCGAUGUUGUGAAAAGGAGAAUGGAGGAGAGGGGUCAAACAAUUGAUGAAGACAAGGAGAUAAAGUCACCACCUCCCCCGGAAAACACUAAGGUGAAAAAGAAGAAGGGUAACAAAAAGACAAUCAAAGUGGCACCGAGUGCGGAUGAGAGGAAGGUGGAGGAUGUGAAAUUGGUGGUAGAAGAGGAGAAGAUAAGUGUGAAGGAAGAAAAAAAAGUGAAGUUGGUAUUAGGGGAAGAUAUAAGAUGGGCACAGUUGCCCAUCAACUGCACGGUACGUUUGGCGAGGGACAUAGCUUUGGACCGGUUUCCAAAUCUGAAGGGAGCUCUCCUCAAGUACAGAGACCAAGAAGGGGACUUGGUGACCAUUACAACAAAUGAUGAGUUAAGAUUAGCCAAAGCGUCCGUAGAUCCUCAAGGCUCUUUAAGGCUCUAUGUUGCCGAAGUUAGCCCUGAUAAAGAACCCGCAUAUGAGACGAGUGUUGAGGAAGAAAUGACCAAGCUGCCCGAUAACAGUAAGAAAGAAGAGAGUGGGGGGCCGAUCUGCAUUGAGGAAUGGAUUGUCGAAUUCGCCCGGUAUUUCAAGAACCAUGUCGGCAUUGAAUGCGACUCGUAUUUGGACAUUCAUGAGAUUGGGAUGAAACUAUACUCGGAAGCUAUGGAGGGUACCGUGACAAGCGAAAACGCAGCUUCCCUUUUCGACAUUUCUUUAGCAAAAUUCCAAGAGAUGACCGCUUUAGCGUUGUUUAAUUGGGGAAAUGUACACAUGUCAAGAGCUAGGAAGCGGGUAUGCCUUAAGGAAUACGAUGAUGACGCUAAGGAGUCGGUCUUGGGACAGGUAAAGUCCGCUUACGAAUGGGCCCACAAAGAAUAUGAAAUGGCUGGAAGACGGUACGAAGAGUCCGUGAGACUCAAACCGGACUUUUACGAAGGCCUUCUUGCACUUGGGCAACAACAGUUUGAGCUAGCAAAACUCUGUUGGUACUAUCAAAUAGCAAGUGAGACUGAUUUAUUGCUCACCAUGCCAUCCCCUGAAGUGUUGGAGAUGUAUAACAAGGCAGAGGAAAGUCUGGAAAGAGGGAUGGAAAUGUGGGAGGAGAUGGAAGAAGAACGCCUUAAUGGGCUGUCCAAAUACGAGGAACACAAAGCCCAGUUGAGGGAUAUGGGGUUGGAUGGGCUACUCAAAGACAUCACGCCGGAGGAAGCCCAAGAGCAAGCUACAAACAUGAGGUCUCAGAUUUACCUGUUGUGGGGUACCUUACUGUACGAGCGGUCCGUUAUGGAGUAUAAGGCGAAGUUGCCGAGUUGGGAAGAAUGUCUAGAAGUUGCCGUUGAAAAAUUUGAACUCGCCGGAGCUUCUCAAACGGAUAUAGCUGUCAUGAUAAAGAACCAUAAUUCUAAUGACACUGCAUUGGAAGGUUUCAAGAUUGAUGAGAUAGUGCAAGCCUGGAACGAGAUGUACGAUAGCAAUAGAUGGCGCACUGGUGUUCCGGCUUUCAGACUCGAACCAUUGUUCCGCAGACGUGUUCCCCACCUUCAUUCAUUGUUGCAGACUUUUUGAGUUUUGAUAUUUGAGACGGGCACAUAUGAUUGGCAUACCUUCUUAUACUUUUGGCAUGUGAUUUGCCAAUAUUAUAGGUUUUUUUUUUAAAUUUUUUUUGGCUCACCCACGGUGCUGGAUUCGGUUGUUUGGUCACGGGAGCAGAUGACCGGGAGUUCGUAUUCGAAGUGUUUGGAUUUUGGGUAUACUGAUUUGUUAUUCUCUACUGGAAUUGAACCUGUUCAUACACAUCAUUCAUUUUGGUUUUUGUUCAUUGAUUUGUUCAUUUAAAAUUGAUGGUUUUAAGAGGUUACACACAGAGAAGGUCUUUGUGAUUUGGUUAUACAGCUCAAUGCUGAAUAUGGAAUGGUUAUUUCAUUCACACAUGUUGAACUCUCACAUACUGUGUUUUGUAUUUUCUCUCCAUUGAAACACAAUUUUGAGUGCUUGGUAAUUUGGU